UCGGUUGGCCGCUCCCUCAAUAUAAACACCGCCGGGAGUUUCCGAAAAAUCACAUUCAGACGUCAAGACUGAACAAUGGUUAACAUGAGCUAUCGCCAAUUUUUACUAAACUAUCCACAUUCGAGUUCAAGACAGUCGAGAAGGCGAGCGAAUAAAAGAAAAAGGAAUUGUUGGGACAAGCUAUCUCCAACAAAUUGGCAGACUUGAUUAACAGAGACUUUCUAAAAGGUCCAGUGUGAACCGUGUGGCCGAGUAUCUGUGCGUUGCGACUGAUUGGCGAGAUGACUGCCGAGUGGCUACACCUGCCCCCGCCGUACCCCCCUGGUGUGGGGCCGUUGUGUGGUGCAGAGUUGGAGGCGUGGUAUGAGGACCUGCAGGAUAUUCUGGGCUCUGACACGGGAGGGGCAAAACUGGCACGUGCCCCCACAUGCACCGAGAAGGAGCCGGAGUUUCUGGAUGUUCUGGAGAGUUGUUCUCUGACAUGGCUGACGGACGGAAGCCAGACGUGGGGCGAAGGUGUCCAGAGGGCAACAGAGGAGAUCCACAACACCCAGCCUCUGCAUCACACCUCAUCGUCAUCCUCCUCCUCUUCCUCCUCCUGCAUGAGUCCAGCUGUUGCAGAAGAGCGGCAGGCAGAGGCUGAGAGUGGGAGAAGUGGAGAUAGCUCGGCAGGAGGUGGCAGUGACCUGCUGCCUCCAGAGUUCUUUGAGUUGCUGAGUGAAGGAGGAGUGGGAAUGGUGGAUGCAAGCGGAGCGGUGAUCAGCGGUGGCUAUUAUUACCACCACCAUCAACACCACCAGGCUAAUAAUGACCAUCCUGCAUCUCCUUCAGCCAGUGAGGAGGAACUGCCCUGUGUCCCCGAUUCUCCAUCCUGCUCCUCCUCAGCCUCCCAGUCGCCAUCUCAAAAUUGUUCUUCUCCCUCCUCGCCUGUCUCUUCACCUUCAGUCUAUCCAUCCUCCCGCUUGGGAAAACGCAAGAGGACCACCAGCGAGAAAGCCAACGGUGCCUUGUCCUCUUUCGCCUCCUCCACACAGCGCACAUCCUCAUCUUACUCGUCUGCCAAAAAGAGUCGCAAAGAAAGAGAGCAAGAGAACGAGAGGAAGGUACAGGAGCUGACAGAGCAGAACGAGCGCUUGAAAGCGGAGAUUGAAAGGCUGGGAGAGGAGGUACAGAGGACACGUAGAGCCCUGAUAGAGAGACUAGUCAACACCAGGAAAUGAGGAUAAAAAAGACAGGAUGUUAGACAGGAAUAGAAGAUGACAGGUCCUACAGAAUUUGGAAUAAGCAGUGGUAGGGAAAGGUGUAACAUGGUUGGCAUUAAUGCCUCUUAUACAUGAAAGGAUGGAAACCAAAGAUAUAAUUUAUAAGAGAGGAUUUUUGGAAAAGGAGAGAGCUAAAGAUGGAAAGAAGAAGGAAAGUGAUGAAAGUCAAUACAAGAAAAGUCACAGAGAGAAAGGACUGCAACAGCAUUGCGGCAAAUAAAAAGACACAGCAUGUGUAAAGGAAAAGGAAGAACAGACAGCUCUAAGGAAUGUUUGUCAUUUUUAAGAAUGCUUAACACAAAGUUUCAUCACAGAGGGUGGUAGAAAUAAGAGUUAUGAGCAUUUGAUGAUUUGUAUGUAGGACAGAAAGGAACUUAAUUCAGAGUGCACUUCAUUGUCAUCUGUUCCCACCAUUUUGCAAUAAAUUGUAACUCCUACUUAAAGGGCUGCAAUCUGGCUAGCAGAGAUUAUUUGCCCCAAUUUGUGGAGAGUUUAGGAGCUCAGGAAAAGUUUGAAAGUGCCCAGUGCAGUGUGAGUAUGAGAGAAUGAUUUUUUUUUUUUUUUCUUUUUUGGGAGAGAAUUCACACCCUUUCUUACUUUUAUAACCCAUGGCUUGUGUGUAUGUGUAUUUACAUAAUCCAAGUAGGACCCGGCUAUACUUUCUAUGCUGACCUUUUCUAUCAGUAUGGGAAUUCGUGGUAGAAUUAUUAAGUUGUUCUACCCUGAUUUGCUAUUUUUAUACAACGCUGUAAUGUAUACAAUUGUACUGUAAAGGCUUGUACUGUAAUAUUCCAACAUAUCCACAGUUAUUUUCUCAUCGUAGUCACAUAGAUUGUUAAUCGUAGAAUAAUAUGCAUGGCUUUUAUCACUAAUUGCAUCAAAAACAUGUAUUUUACCAUACCAUUUAUUUUAUCCUUCAUUGUAACCCC